AUGCUCCGAGCCGCACUUAUCACCAACGUCCUUUCGGCCGUCUCCCUCCUCUGGGGUCCCGCAGCCGCGAUGCCGGCCGGGGGCUCGGCCGUGUCGAACCCUCUGGACAAGAGAGCCAUUCCACUGCCAAACUUCGACAUGAAUCUCGAAAACGCCGAGGAACAGUCCAAAACCCUGCAGUUCGAGGCGUGGCCGCAGCUCAUCCUCAUGGCCAAGAUGGUCCACCAGAAGGUCGACCCCGAAAGAUGGAACCGGGUCUUCGCCCACUACUUCGACACCAAGGACCGCGACUCGGUCGAGCGCGUCUUCGCGCUCAUCAUGGGCGCCUCGGGCCUCGACGACCCGGGCGAGCCGCUCGGUUCGGCCGUCUUCGAGAAGGUCGCCUUCGUCAACCAGGACACGAUCCCCGGGGUCGGUUGCAGCAACAGCACUGCACAGGCCAACGCGUGGACCGAUCUGAGGGACAAUCGUUACAGGCUCAAGAUCUGCGAGAGGGGUUGGAGGUUCCCCCUCCUGGGCAAGACGACGUGCGAGGAGUUGGGGAAUAACGUGAGCGGCUUGAUGAGCUCGCUGCCGGGUCUCAUCCUCCACGAACUCCUUCUCAUCGAUUGGAUCGGCAAGGAGGCAACCGGAACGCACGUUCGGGACUUCCUUGAGGGGACGGACGACAUCGAAUUCGACGGGACCGGGCCGCUGAACGUCAGAAAGUUCAAGGACGACAAGAAGUUCGACACCCGCUUCAACGCCGACCAGUACCGAUGGUUCGCUCAGGAGUACUACUGGAGCGUGAUCUGCAGCAAGGACUUUGAGGCUCCCAGCAGCAACAGCGACUACAUCUAG